UAUAUAUAUAUAUAUAUAAUAGAAGAAGGUGAAAUAGAGAGAUAGAGAGAAUAGAAGAAUGAAGGAUUAUGCAGCAGUAAUGAUAGGUACAGCACUAUUUGCAUUUCUCUCGCCUGGUUUGCUGAUUCAACUUCCUGGAAAGCAUAGGCCCCUCGAUUUUCUCAACAUGAAAACAAGUUUUGUCUCCAUUUUCAUACACACUCUUCUCUACGGUCUUCUUCUUAUUCUCUUCCUCCUCAUUCUUAACAUUCAUCUCUAUGCUUAAUUAAUAAUAUAUUACCCCUCUCUCUAAUUUUAACUUCUGUAAUUUAUGUCAUCUUUUAUGUUAUUACUCA